UCCUGUGUGGAUGUCACAUGACCAAAUUGGAGUCGUAUGAUGUGAGUUUUCCUGUUUGGGGGUACUAUCGGUUACAGAGGGACGCUGUACUCCCUGGAAACGCUUCUGUCCGGUGGGCCACACACACCAUGCUCCUAGCAGCUCCACCUUCAGGUGACCCUCCCCGCGCUCAGGUUCGGUGAUCCUCCGUAAAGCGCCAUGGCCUCCGAGCAGCACACCGGCCGCCUCUACCAGCCCAGUGCAGAGUACUUCUUAUGGGACUAUCGCCUCCAGCUCAUCGGCCUUGGCUUCUGCUUCUAUACUGUAGUGUUCCUCUUCUGUCACCUCCUGUCUGUGUCUCUGUGCCAGACCUACAAGUCCCUGCUGGCCAAAGAAAAGGUUUUUUGGAACCUUGCUGCCACCCGGGCAGUGUUUGGGAUCCAGAGUACAGUAGCCGGUCUCCGGGCCCUCACUGAAGACUCCUCAAUCACCAGAGACAAAGUGAGGGGCCAGGAAGACUGGUCAUGGUUUAACGUGCUCACAGCCACGGGCUUUUUUGCAUUUGAGAAUGUUGCACUUCACGCCUCCAGUGUGGUAUUUUGGUCAUUCGACCUCCCACUGGCCACGCACCAUUUCUUCGCCCUGUCGGGAUACGUGGGGGCGGUGGUGUGGGAUUCCCUGGGCCACUUCCUGCCCAUGGUCACCCUCCUGCUGGAGAUGAGCACGCCAUUCACCUGUAUAUCCUGGAUGCUGCUGAAGGCUGGCUGGGCAUGCACUCUGUUCUGGAAAGCCAACCAGUGGGUGAUGAUUCACAUGUUUCACUGUCGAAUGGUACUCACUUACUACAUGUGGUGGGUAACCUUGACCCACCGGGUGGAGCUGUGGACCCAUGCGCCCCUGCCCCCGCUAAUACUCUUCUUCACCGGCCUCACUCUGCUCACACUUAUCCUCAACCCCAUAUGGACCCACAAGAAGACAAUGCAGCUUCUUAAUCCUGUGGACUGGAACUUUGGCAACAAGGCGAUCCCACUGAACGGCACCACCGACGGUCAGCCUGAGGCUUCUGGAAAACCUCAUGCCAGUUAAGGAGUAUCAUCGGUGUCAUUUCCUGUUUCAGUUAUGGCUUUUUAUUUUAUUAUUUGAGACUGAGUGGGCGCUGACUUUUGAUGGAUGCUUGUUUUAAAUUCUACGUUUGUUAGACUGGGACUUCUUUUUAAGCCCCUUGGGCUCUCUAGUCCUUUGUUCUGUAAUGCAUCUUUUCCUCUAGCACCACCUCAGCUCAACUCUACUCAGUUUUUACAAUUGUGUAGUACCUCAAUGUGGGUGGGGUCAUCAUAGCAAGGUGGGCAGAAAGUCCCAGUCUGCGUUUUCUUGUCAGACUUCAGGUAAAAGAAGUUUGUGUCUCCAUUUCCUUCGUUGUUGGGUUUGAAAAAUGGCAGAUUUGAUUCUUGUGAAAGAGUCGCUCUUGUGAAGGAGUCGCUCUCAUGACUCCACUUUUAAAGUAAUAAAUUACUUUUUUUCAGUAUAAAAUAUGUAUGAGAGCAGCUCCUGCAUUAAAAAUCAGUAAGUUUAAGAUCAACAAAAGCUUUAAUAAGCAAAAUCUGCUUUGAGAUAAAGACCAGAAUUAAACUGGACUUAAAUAUGAGUUGGGAGUAGAUGUUGUCGGCCCACAGCUGUUUCUAUUGUGUACAUAUUGACAGUGAAAUUUGCUCCGUCUGUUUAGGGAAGUUUGAGGUGAGCAUGAAGUGUCUCUAAAUCAAAGCACUGUGAACUCCAGAGUGGACCCUUUGUUACACAGCUCUGCUGCCUGAGUGGGGUAAAACUGGAUCAUGUUUGAGGAUGACCUCUCAUAGGUUUACUCAUUGAAGUUAUUAGAUACUAAGUGUUGAUCAGAUUGGUGUGUUUGGACUGCAUCAGCAGAGAAACAAGCAUGUAUCAUGGCGGAGUUACACUGAGUCACAGCAGUCCGCUUCACAAAGGCUUAACUGUGCUGAAAAAAUACUGAACUAGUGCUUACACUAAGCAAACCUCUGACCCUGAUAACUGUGGUUUAAACUGGUGCAGCCCUGCAGCCCAUCUUUAUUUAUGGUGUAUUCUAAAAUCCACUGAGUUUUAUUUUAUGUGUGUGGGAUUUUUAUAAAAACAUACUAAUGGCGAUUGUGUGUGUGUUCCUGUAUUUAAACCAUAGGAAAGGUUUUAUUUGUCUUUCGCUGCAAAUGUUCAACUUCUCCACAAUAUCCCACUUUAACAGCUCUGCUUUUAGUUCUCAUUAACAGAAUAGCCCUGUGUUGUUAUUGUACAUGGGAAACAGAAUUGUGUGUUAUAUUCAGUAAUUUUUUAAGACAUUUUAAUUGUGCACAUAGUUGUAAUUUUCUUUCUACAGCGUGCACAUUAACACCUUUUGGCUCGGCCUGCACAAAAGCUGCCCAGCAAAUAAGUGAAGCCCUCGUUAGAUGUUUUCCUGCCUGUGUGUUAAAUAAAGUGGAAAACGCUUCGAAGCCUCAGUCCAAUAGAUUGAAGCUUUUCACACCUUCAGUAAUUUCAUCUUCGUAAAGAGUGAAAUGUUGUUUUAGCUGUAGCUCUGAUCUCACUUUAAAUAAAUCUGAUCAUGUUAGAUUUAGAUUGUGAAAUUAGGGAACUACCGUGGGACAGAUGUCCUGUUGAUUCAGUGCCAUAUACUAACAGCUUCUGUGUUAUCUAUGUUGGACUGUGCAUUCAUUUAAACUACCGAGUUUCAAAAUAAAGUGUUUCCUUGGUUA